AACAAAACAUGCAUUUGUCAAAAUCGCAGCACGUGUAGUGUAAUAUUUUUUUAUUCAAUAUUUACUUCUCCAAAUAAAUUAUAAUAAAACUCAUUUAAAAAUGCUUAAAUAUAAGAAAAAAUCUCCUCAAACUAAGAUUUCCAAACUCGAAGAUGUCGAGAAUGGUAAUGAUGAAUCAAAUGGCGAAGAUGAAGAUAUCCACUAUGAUUCUAUGAUCGAAAAUGGUACAAGUGAAGAUUCAGAUGAAGAAUCAAACAAUGCAAGUGAUAAUGAUGAUAGUGAUGAUGGAUUUUCUGAACACGAAGAAGAACCAUCGCCAGCUCCUUCUUUCGCAUCGAAACGAAAAAACGCAGAAAUACCGCCAAAUGGUGUCGCACAAAAAAAGCACAAAGUUGAUAAAAAUUCAGCUUUGUACAAGCAACCAACUGUCGAAGAACUCAACCAACUUAAUGAAACAAAGAAUCUAUUCCAUUCGAAUCUAUUUCGAAUGCAAAUUCAAGAGAUUCUUGGAGAAAUCAAGAUUAAAGAUAAGUAUACAAAGUUUGUUGAUUCAUGGAUCAAAACUUUCACAAAGUUCUUGAAAGAACUUAAGUCUGAAAAUAGUAAAAAUGAUUCGAACCAAUUAAAUUGGCUCAAUAAGAGUCAAUUGAUACUUCCACUAGUAUUAAAUAGAUUCCAACUAAAGACUUUCCAGUUUCAAUUUAUUAAACCAACGGAAGAUCCUUUUAUAGUUGGUUCUUUUAAACAUCGAGCAAUGGUUGGUCCAAAAUUGACUGUAGAUGUCUGUGUAUCAAUGCCAAAUGAAUGUUUCCAAAAGGAUGAUUACCUAAGUCUCGUUUACGAUCAAAAAAGAGCCUUAUAUUUGACAUACAUUGCCAACGAAAUGACUCGAACUGAAACUGAUAAUAAUUUUAAAUAUCAAUUUAAUUACUUCAACAAUAACCCUUUGAAACCAGUUUUAGAAGUAACACCUUCGGGAAGUAUUGGCAAAAAGUUAAUUGUUCGAAUUUUUGUUGGAGCUGAAGAACAAUCAUUUAAAUUGAAUCGAUUUGUUCCUUGGAACAGUAAUAUUCGUGGAAGUAUUUUUGGAGAAAAAAAUACUAGCGAUAGUUUACCUUUUGCAACUCCCAAUUAUAAUUGUUCGAUUUUGUUUGAUGUUACAAUGAGAAAAAAUCAAAUUGCUUUAGAGGAAACUCUUUCUAGUAAUAAAAAUUUACAAGAGGGUUUGAUUCUUCUCAAAAUUUGGCUGAGACAAAGAAACUUUGAUGUUGGUUACUCAGGUUUUGGCAGUCACAUUAUGUCGGCGUAUGUUGUGUAUUUGUUUAAGCAACGUAAAUUGCAUACAGCUAUGAGCAGCUAUCAAGUGGCCAGGCAGGUUUGGAAUCAUUUAGCUCUUAGUACUUGGGAUGAAGAUAAAAAAGGAAUUACACUUUGUAAUGAUUUUUCUGCACCAAAUCAACCAACUUUGGAACAAUUUUCGACGUAUUUCGAUGUUGUAUUUGUUGAUGUCACUGGAUUCUGUAACAUCUGUGCUAAUCUAUCCGUAGAUGUAUAUCGUAGGGUGAAGGGCGAAGCAAAGCGAACAGUGGAUAUUCUAAAUAAUACUAAAAUCAACAGCUUCCCAUUGAUUUUUAUGACUUCGUGCCCCAUUUACACACAAUAUGACCAUAUUUUAAAGAUAUCAAAUCCUUCUUCUAUUGUAAAUAUGUUAAAAAAACAUGGAUGUCGUUCAGAUCGUCAUAACUUUGCAGGAUUCUGGUUCCCACAGACAUUAAAAAUGAUAUCCAAUCUUCUACGUAAAGGCCUUUCUGAUCGUAUUUUCCAUAUAGUUCCCAUAGAAACAGCUCCUUCUUCAUGGGAUCUCAAUACACAACCUAAAGACGUCGAAGUCAACUUCCGUCUUGGACUGAUUUUAAAUCCUGAAAGAGCUUAUGAAAUUCUUGAUAAAGGACCACAAGCUAACGAAAAAACUGCCGACGAGUUUCGUAAAUUCUGGGGUUCCAAAUCGGAACUUAGACGGUUUCAAGAUGGAAGCAUCACUGAAGCAUGUGUUUGGUCAGCAUCAGGAGAAUCAUUUGCUAAGAAACGUCUUAUUGUUGGACGCAUAGUGGAACAUCUUUUGGAGCAUCAUUUCGAUUUGGAAUCUUCCGCUAUUAAUUAUAUAGCCGGACAAUUAGAUACCGUCUAUAAAUUGAAUCGAAUAUUUAAAGUUGAUAAAUUAGAAAAGGAUGUUAACCAAGAAUUAGAUGCUGAAACAACUUCAUUAGAAGUGAUCAAAAGUUUUGAUGAUCUUGGACAGAAAUUGAGAACUUUAGAUGAAUUACCAUUGGAAAUAACAAAUAUUCAAGGCACAUCACCUGUGUUUAGAUUCUGUGAUCCAGUGCCGGUUUUGGCUGAUGGACGAUACUCAAAAUUGGGUUUGGCUAGCAGAACUGUUUGCAGUGGAAUUAUUCAGUUGGGUGUGAGUGGAAAUUGGCCAAGCGAACUGUCUGCUCUGCGUGCUCUUAAGACAGCUUUUUAUGUGAAAAUAGCACAAGCUCUUAAAGAGAAACAUAAUUAUCGAACUUUAAUUCGCUUUGAUGGUAUUUUCAUAUUCAAAGAUGGAUACGUAUUUCGAGUGGAAAUAUCACACGCAAAAGAGAUUGCACUUAUGAAGAAAGAAGUUAACGAAAAAGGAUUAACUCAUUACAAAGAUACUCCUGAGAGUAUAGCUUUAGAGAAACGUUAUGUUUUACUUCCGAAAUUAACAAGCGCACUACAUGGGCUUUAUAAAUUGCAUCCGAGUUUCGGACCUACGGUUAUGAUUGCUAAAAGAUGGCUGUACUCACAACUAAUUGACGAUGGACUGUGGCCAGAUGAGUGUACUGAACUCUUGAUUGCUAGCCAGUAUUUGAAAAUGGGUGCCCAAGCGAAUACCUGCCAACCACAAACGGGAUUUUACAGAUUUUUAAGUUUGUUGGCGAACACAGAUUGGCAAACGGAAAUGGUUGUUUUGCAGUUCAAUGAAGAGCUCGAUGAUGAGAGUGUAUCAGAGCUAGAAAACAAAUUUAUCAACGAACGUGAUUCUUUCCCGCCAUUGAUGAUCGUAACUUCUUACGAUGAAAAACGAUAUGGAAUUUGGAGUAAAGAAGCACCAAUUAUACCUGUUUUGGCUCGAGUGAAACUUUUAGCUAAACACGCUCUUAACCUCAUUGAACCAAUAAUAUUAACUCCUUCGUGGGUCAUUAAGCCACAUAAAUUAUUUACAGCAUCAAAGGAGGGCUAUGAUAUGCUGAUACGUUUAAAACCAGAUUUCGUGCCCAAUUGUAUGGCCAAUGAAUAUCCUUCUGGCUUUUCCGAAUGGACUCUACCAAAUUUUAGACAAUUUCCCAGCGGACAAAAUUUCCUCAAAUUCGCAAUUACUGAUCUAAGAGAAGCUUUUUCCGAGUUUUGUAUAUUCUUUUACAAUCCUUGUGGUGGAAGGGAUAUUGCGUUAAUUUGGAAACCUGAUAUUUUUGCAGAAAAAGAAUUCAAAGUCGGUACUAUGAAUGGAUGCUGUUUAGCAAAAGAUGAAAAAUUAGUAAAAUGCAAUAAAGAAGCACUUAUUGAAGAUAUGAAAAUUAUUUUGAAAGAUAUGUAUUUAUCAAUAGAGGAAAUGAAUAAAUAGAAUUUUAUAUUUUGACUAUA